GAGAGCGAGGGAGCGCAGGAGGGAAAGAAAGAAAGUGAACAAGCUCGAGGAAGAACAAGCAGGGUAGUAAGGACUAUGUUUUCACGGGUGAGCGGUGUAGAGAGACCUGUUCUGACUCGGCCCAACUGAGAAAGAGAAGACAGAGGCGGGCAGAAAGAGAAGAGUCCCCACGUAGCUGCAGGCAGUUCAGUACCUCCUCUCCAGUCUUUCCUCGUCUCCUCCUUGCGCUGCAGCGCGCCAGCCAAGAAGCAAGGGACCAUGCUGCACGGGUGGACUCUCUCCCCGCUUGGGGCACUGCUGCUGGGGCUAAUGGGGACCCUGGCCUCGGGGUCAGAGUUUCAGCACCAUCGAUAUGAGGAGUUAGUGAGAGCCCUGUUUGCAGUGCAGAGCGAGUGCCCCUACAUCACCCGCAUCUACAGCGUCGGGCGCAGUGUGGAGGGGCGCCACCUCUAUGUGCUAGAGUUCAGCGAUAACCCGGGCAUCCAUGAAGCAUUGGAGCCAGAGUUCAAAUAUGUGGGCAACAUGCACGGCAACGAAGUGGUUGGUCGUGAGCUGCUCAUUAAGUUAUCUCAGUUCCUGUGUGAGGAGUACCGGGCCGGAAACCAGCGGAUAAUGCGGCUGAUCCAUGACACACGCAUCCACAUUAUGCCGUCCAUGAACCCCGAUGGCUACGAGGUGGCUGCCAGACAGGGUCCAGAGUUCAACGGCUACCUUGUUGGUCGAGGGAACGCCAAGGAAGUGGAUCUGAACCGUAAUUUCCCGGACCUGAAUGCGCUGAUGUAUCACUAUGAGAAGAACGAUAGGCGAAACCACCACCUGCCGCUCCCCGAUAACUGGGAACAACAGGUUGAGCCAGAGACGUUGGCAGUCAUCAAAUGGAUGCAAAACUACAACUUUAUUCUCUCAGCUAACCUCCAUGGAGGGGCUGUGGUGGCCAACUACCCUUUCGACAGGUCUAGAGACCCCCGAAUCAGAGGGAGGACCACCUACGCAGCCACUGCAGAUGACAAGCUAUUUAAAAAGUUGGCGAGGAGCUACUCAUAUGCCCACAGCUGGAUGCACCAGGGUUGGAACUGCGGGGACUUCUUUGAUGAGGGAAUCACCAAUGGGGCCAGCUGGUACUCUCUGUCCAAAGGCAUGCAGGAUUUCAACUACCUAUAUACUAACUGUUUUGAGAUCACUCUGGAGCUGAGCUGUGACAAGUUCCCCCCUGUGUCGUCACUGCCCAGAGAGUGGAUGGGCAACCGGGAAGCACUGGUCUCAUAUAUGGAACAGGUGCACCAUGGGAUAAAGGGAAUGGUGUAUGAUGAAAACAACAACCCCAUCGCCAGUGCUGAGAUCUCAGUGGCUGGCAUCAAUCAUGAUGUGACCAGCGGUGUAGAGGGAGACUACUUCAGACUCCUGCUGCCCGGCACCUACACAGUGACAGCAUCUGCCCCCGGCUACCUCCCGUCAACCAGCACAGUCACAGUGGGACCAGCCGAGGCAAUACAGCUGCACUUCUACUUGAAAGCGGCACCAAAACAACAAAACCUGAACGUGAAGGCUCACCACGGCAAGAAAAACCUCUCAUCUUCCAAGGUCCCCUUAAAGCUUGGCCCUAGAUGAGACACUCAUUUAGAUGACCACAAGUACACACACGGAGGAGACACGUGUACACAAACACACACAGAGAGCACACAUGCACACACACACACACACACACAUAUGCAC